GCCUGUGACGAGUGCGCGGGGUUUCCGGCCAUGGCGGCCGGCUGCGCGCCCGGUUCCCCGCGUGCACCGGCCGCUGUCCGGCUGCGGCUCAGCACGGACACCGAGCACCGAGCGGGACCGACGGUCCAGACGGUGCCGGGCUCGCGGCAGCAGAGCGCCGGCGGCGCGCGGCGGAGCUUCCUGUGUGCGGCCCGGGCUGCACGCGCGCCCCGCCGCUCGGACCAAACAUGGGCUUCCUCCGUGCCAUGUUUGGGAACGUACGUCACGCUGGAGUCUUUAUAAAGCCGGGACGGCGGAGAGGAGCGCUGACAGACCCAAGUUCACAUCAACACGUGACAACACAAACAUGACAAGUCCACUGUCCCCGGUGAGUCCGCAGCUUCACCUCCUGCAACUGUAACCACGUCAGGCACCUUUUCCAGCGGGACCCGGAGCUGUCGAGCCUCCAGCGUUGGCUUCCUCCGAGCACAUCCCGCAGCAGCAGCCCGGUCAGAGCGCCUCUCUGCGCGGCUCGGUCCCCCCGCAGGAACUGCUCCAGGAGCGGCCGCUGAGCUCCACGCCCGCCGCCGCCUCUGGCUCUUCCUCCUCCCGAGAGAUGGCAGCGACCAAGGCGGAGCUGCUGCUGUCCGCCCUGCAGAUCUCUGACCCGCUGGCCGGCUUCCCGCCGCCGCUCUCCCCGCUGGACGGCUACGCGAAGCUGGAGGAGCUGAGGAUGCUGCUGCAGAACGCCGCGGCCGGAGGCUCGCUGCUGGCCGCGUCCGCCGCGGAGGGAGCCGGGCUGCUGAGCGCGGAGCCCGGGGAGUACGGAGACUCUCUGUCGGAGCUGAUGGACCUGCAGGGUCUCCCCCCCCUCACCCCCCGCCUCGCCCCGCUCACCUACAGCGGCCGCUUCACCUUCGAGCCCUCUGCCUCCAGCAGCGCCCUAUGGGCGGAGCCUCUGCUCAGCCUGUUCACGGGGUUGGUCGGCAUGGCGGCUCCUCCCCCUGCUACCUGCAGCCUCUCCACCUGUUCAUCAUCGCCAUCAUCCUCAUCAUCGUCGCUGUCCCAGCCGAGCUUCAGCUGCGUCUCCGCUGACGUGGCCUCGCACACCUCCGCCGUCGACCUCUUCGUCCCCGCCUCUGACUCCCAGCCGCCCCCCCAGGCCUUCCAGCCACACGGCCCCCCUCCGGCAUACCCCUCCUCCACCUCCAGGUCGGGGCCAUUACAGAUGCUGCCGGACUACCUGCUGCCGCAGCAGCCGGACGGCAAGCUGGGUCUGAACCAGGACCAGAAGCCCGUGCUCCCGCAGGGGCUCACGCCGCUGUCCACCAUCAGAGCGUUCUCCUCGCAGAUCCAGACGCAGCCUCCUGGCUCCGCCUUCCAGGCCCAAGUCGCCAAGUCCGGUCGGAUCAGAAAAUCCAACGUGGCCCGGCACUGCAGGACGCCGGCUCACGAGCGUCCGUACGCCUGUCCCUCGGAGGGCUGCGACCGCCGCUUCUCCCGCUCCGACGAGAUGACGCGUCACGUGCGCGUGCACACAGGCCAGAAGCCGUUCCAGUGCCGCAUCUGCAUGCGCAGCUUCAGCCGCAGCGACCACCUGACCACGCACAUCCGCACGCACACCGGCGAGAAGCCGUUCGCCUGCAACGAGUGCGGACGCAAGUUCGCCCGCAGUGACGAGCGCAAGCGGCACGCCAAGAUACACCAGAGACAGCGGGACCGCAAGGCAGACCGGAGCGACACUUCCUCGCCUGCACCGGUCGCCAUCACAACGCCCCCUGCCUACCCCUCCUCUCCCACUCACAGCUCGUCAUUGCCCGGCGCCAGGCUCUUCUCCUCCCUCGCCGUGCAGGCCGCCUCCCCCUGCUUCCCCUCCCCAUCCUCUCUGUCACACGUCUACACCUCCUCGCCGUCGCCUCACCUCUACUCCUCCUCCUGCUGCUCCUCUCCGAGGGGGAGCCCCUCCCCUCGCAUCGCCAACAUCUGCUGACAGACCGCCUGUCCCGCGGUGACCUUUGACCUCAGACUGAAACUCUGCCUCUAACAUGAUCGGCACGUUUUUCAACAGAUGGCGAUUUAAAAACUUCAGCGGUGAAAAACAAGAGUUUACGGAGAAAAUACAGAAACUCCCACGUUGAAUUUAAAGACUUGAUAUUCUCUGAUUGUAAAUAUGAAAACUGUAUGAGAUGUUUACAUGAUGCAGCGUCGUGUGCGUCAUUACCUACUGAGUAGGUCCGGGGAUGUUUGUACUUUUACAUUCAAGUCAGUGUUGAUUUUAUACUGUUUCCUCUUCAAAGAGCCACAAGAAUAAAAUGUCAAAAUCA